AAAUAAAAAAAAAAACCAAGGAACGGUGCUGCCAAUUCUCGGGUGAAUGGUACUUCUUUGGGACUGCAAUACAACCUGAGAGAGGAAAUGGCGCCUCUCAUUAACCAGCGAAUGAAACCAUCACAUGAAAGCUUACCAAACACAUUUCGAUGUGGCCAUGGCGUUCUUUAUCAGAAACAAAAUGCUUGGGUUAACAAUAACUUUGAACACUUUAUCAUGGGCCGGAUUAAUAAUGCGAGAUCAAUACACGAAGACUCAAAGGAUCAUCGUCAGAGUGUAUGGGUGGCUGGUUUUCCUGUAUUUAUUUGUUGCUGCAACUUACGUACAAAUCGCGGACCUUAUUGACAUCUGGGGUGACCUUGAUCUCAUGGCGGAAACAUCUUUGCUUCUCUUUAUGGAAUUAGCAGUGAUUUCUAAGAUUUUAACGUUAAUAUUCAAAUACGAUAAAAUAAUGGAGAUCAUCAAUGGAACUGAAGACAUAUUGUGUUCUGAAAACAGAUUGGAAGGCCAAAAGAUUAUCGCGAGUAUCGAUAAAGAGACGACCCGGUUUUUUCAGUAUUACACUUCGUCUGUUAUUUUUACGACUUUUUUCUGGUUCUUGGGUGAGCAUAGCAGCACAUUUUUUAUUCGAGCUAAAUACCCGUUUAAUGAACUGAAAUCACCGGGCUAUGAGUUUGCACUUAUACAUCAGUGCAUGAUGAUGGUAUUCACGGGGUAUUUUGAGUUCAAUAUUAAUAUCUUCUUCGCAUCGGUGGUCGCAGGCUGCCGUUGUAGACUAAAGCUAGUGGCUUUGUCGCUACGAAAUAUCUGCAUCAAUAUACCGGUGAACAAAAAGAAUCUCAUCACACCAGAAGAAGAAAAACUCAUUACAGAAAGGCUUCACUGUGCUAUUUCGCAACAUAAGUAUGCUCUGGACGCAGCGGAGGACGUUAAGCAUUGUUUAUCCGAAGUACUUUUGGUGCAACUCACGGUAUCCAUUGUGAUCAUCUGCACUACGGCAUAUCAAAUGGCUGUGAACAAAUCAACUGAUACUAUACAAAAAUUAUCAAUGGCUGGGUAUUUACUCGGAGCGUCAUUUGAAGUUUUUUUAUUCUGCUUUCAAGGACAGUCUCUUAGUAACGCCAGUGAAGAUAUUGCGGACGCGGUAUAUGAAUGUCCAUGGUACACCCUCACUCAGCCCUUGAAACGGACACUGUUAAUAAUCAUGAUGCGAGCACAGAGCCCCGCCAUACUCACGGCGGGGGGAUUCGUGACCUUGGACAUAACCGAAUAUAUGGCGAUAAUGAAAGCAUCCUACAGCUUUUUCACGGUUCUCCAACAAGUCAGCGAAUAAGACAAUGCAUAAUAACUAUCUCAAGCUUUUCAAGAUUUUUCUUCUCACAUUAAUUCAAAUAAUUUUAUGCAAUUGUGUGAUCAACACCUAAAUCUUUUUUUUACACUCUCUGAACAACUUAACUACGAAUUUUAUAAAAAAAACUAGCGACCCGCCCUCGCUUCGCUUCGGAAACAU